AUGCAGAAGAAGCUCAACAGAAUCCGAUUUCACAAAGAACUUCUUGUGGCCCUUCCCGCCAUGAAGCAAUGCAGCACCUCCCAGGAUGAUGCAGAUUCAUCGGAGGAUGAGCUAGAAGAGGAAGAAGAGGAAGAUGAGGAAGAUGAGGGGGAAAAGGAAGAGGACGAUGAUCCAGAGGAUGAGAAGGAAGAAGGUGAGAUAGACGAAGACGAGAAGGAAGAGGGUGAGGAUGAGGAUGACGAGGAGAAAGAAGACGGUGAGAUAGAGGGUGACGAAAAGGACGAGCACGAUGAGCAGGAUGAUGAUGCAUCUGAUGAGGACGAGGAUGACGACGAUGUCAAGGGCAAAGAUACGGAAGAGAAGGACGAGGAAAGCUCAGAGUCCUCUAGCGACAAGAAGAAGGAGACUCGCGUCCUGCUCAAACCGCGGGAGCGUUCUAGAUCGCGGUCUGGACGUCCCAAGAAGGAUCGGGAGCGGAGUCGCUCCAAGAGGAAGCGGCAGGCGAAGGCUUCACGCAGUCGGAGGGGUAAGAGGCGAUCCUCUAGCUCAAACCGGAAAAAGCGCAAGUCUCGGAGCCAUCGGCGCAAGAGCCGCAGCCGCCACAAGAGCCGCGCCAAGCGCAGCGAGCGCAGCGAGCGCAGCGAGCGCAGCGAGCGCAGCGAGAAGCGACGAGACCGUCGGAAGGACCGGAAGCGACGCAGUUCGACAUCGAAGGAUCGUAAGCGAAAGCGGAGCCGAAGUCGCAGCGUGCGACAAAGCCCAAAGAAGUUUGUAACAAAAGGAAUGAAAGCAUUUGAAGAUCCGAGGAGCCCCUCGCCUCCCAACCAGGCCUCGAAGCCGGACGCCGGGGGACUGUCGCAGCUAAACUCAGCGUUGCACUCGUUGGAGGCAUUGCUACAGGAAGCACCGAAGGAGAAACCAUCGGAUCGGAUGCAGAAACCAAUGCAGAUGCAGAAUCAGAUGCAGAAACCGGUGGAUUUGCCUCAGCAAAAGUUAGAGAAGCCAGCGCCAGUGGUGCCAAAGCCGGCUUCCCUGGGAUUGCCUAAAAAACCACAGGUCUUGGAUUGGAGGAGGCGUUCUACCACCGAGACCAAGCCAGCUCCGCAGGAAAGUCGUGCUGCUCAGCAAGACUUUGCCCUGAGAGCUCACGCAGGACAGCUGGCAGCUGCCCUGGCAGCGGCCCAAGCCCUUCACAAUCCUGGCAACAAAGAGGUCUCAAGGAAGAUCGCAGCGCUCCUGGAGCAGUGUCCAGCACUGACGGAUGAUGCUCUGACAGCACUCCGCUCCUUGGCCUCCGACCAGGUGAUCCAAGUGUUAACUACUUUGGUCAGCAGGAGAACGGAGAUCACCGAUGCAUCGACAUGGGUCAUUCACUUGAUACAGAGCAUGGGUGGCUGCGCACCGGUGCAGACACCUGCAGCAUCAUCAUCAGUGGUGAAAGAGAUGUUGGAAAGGCAUUUGCCGAAUUUGGCGAGUGCAGCGAAGUCCGUUCUGCUUCAGAAUUCGGAGGGAGAUGCGAUUCGAAUCAUCCAGGACCACGCAAACCGCGGUGGAGAUCCUUCAGAUUCGAUCUUCCAGGCUGCAACUCUUGCGUUGCAAGGAGGUGCGCAAUGCUCUGGUAUGGUGUAUCCCAUGGGCAUGGAUGCCUUUGGCAUGAUGGGUGGCAUGGGCUGCGGCAUGAUGGGUAUGAUGCCUGGUUGCUUUGGUGGGAUGAUGCAAGGCCAAAUGAUGCCGAUGGGAGGAUGCGGCAUGAUGGGCUGUGGCUGCGGAGGUGCCAUGAACUGUGGCUGUGGCAAUGGCUGCAACGUCCAGGGCACAGCUCCAACAGCUCCAACAGCUCCAAGCAACGUGGUGCCUGCGGUGUCUGAGAAUCAGCCGUUGCCUGCACCUCCCUAUGCCAUGCCGCCAGGUGUGGAAUUGGCCGCUGAUAACCAGGAGCUGCUCAACGAGCUGAGAUCCUCACAGAUCUCCGACAAAGCGUUCCAAGAUGUUCUGAAGCUUCCUACACUCGAGGUUCGAUUCCUUCUGCAAAAACUGCAGGGCGAGGAGAGCCAGGACAUUUCUGGGUACUUAAUCUCAUCUGCUGCCAACUUUUGGGCCCAGGGCCCACAUGUGCCACUGGUUCCUGCACCUUCAAAUCAAGCGCCGAUUCUGGAAGCGCAGGGACAAAGGGCGGAUGAGAAGCAGGGCACAUCUGAGUCGGUGGAAGAGCCAUGCUCCUUGGUGGGCGUCGCUCCACUGCCGAAGGCGGAAGCUAUUCGGGAACAAGAACCUGUUGAAGAGUUUGUGGCGCCGACUUCUGGACCCUUUAUGUCUUGGACGGCGCCAGCCAUGCGGCACUGAGAAGUUGCAUUUCGGAGGCUGCGAAUGUGAGAGGCGAUUGUCAUGACCGAGUGCAGACAUGUGGUUUAGUGCAAAAAA